AUGGUAGUAGGUGUAUUUCCUGCUCUUAAAUUAGGUGUAUUAUUUAUCAAACAAAUAAGUAAACCUUUGGCUAAAAUAAUAGUUAAUCAAGCUAAAAAUCAUCCUAUAUUCCGUAGAUACUUUAUUAUUCCACCUGCUCAAAUUUAUCAUUGGGCAGAGGUAAAAGGUAAAAUGUAUAUGAUGAAUCUUGGAAAACCAACAAAAGUAGCAAAGUUAAAUGAAAAUAUGGCAAUAGAAUUAGGAGCUAGUUUAAUGGGAGAAGUUAUUAUUUUUGGUCUUGCUGGUGCAUGUGUAAUGUUUGAAUACAAUCGUCAAGUGACUAAAGAAGCAAAAAAAGAAGAAAUGCGUAUUGCACAGAUACAACAAUUUAAACAUGAUAUUAACUUAUUACAAAAAAAUAGUAUGCAAUUACAAAGUGAGAUUAUGUCUUUACAAAAUAUUAUAGCAACAUUGUCAAAACACAAAGGUACGAAGUCUGCACUAGUUGAACCACAGACAUUAACAGAGACAGAUAAAAACAUUGAUCAAUCACAAAGCAAAAAAUGUAGAAAGCUAAGACUAAAACAAAUUGAGGUAACGAUAGUCUUGAUCAGUAAAAUAUGCUUAUUGCUGCGGGUAUCUUACAAUUUUAUGUAA